AUGGAUUUGGCCAUGAGCGAGGAUAAUGAGAAUGAGAGAAAGAUUGAGUCUUCCCCGUUUGCACGCAUAUUUGCACAGGCAACGUUUCCGAGCCCUCAGGCUCUCAUUGACCUGACCUCUCUUUCUGAGGAUGACGAGGACGUGCAGAUCCUCACUUCUGAGAUGAAAGAUAUCUCAGGUCCCUCUGGUGCAGCUGACGCUGAUGAAAUGGAACCUGGCUCACUUAUUGAGUCUGCUCGGUCUUCCCAUCGGGCCAUGAACCGUCCGGCAUCCGGACAACCUAUCUCGGACCGUCACCUCUCAGAGACCGUCAUCGGCGGUAUCCUCUACCGUACUGGUAUGUCAAUGGAACUCAAGGAUGGAUCUUUUAUGCGCAUUGAGCAAGUUGACCCUAUGCCCUACGACGUGCGCUUCACCGGCCGUCGUCUCUUCCGUGCCACGCAUCCCUUUGUCAUGAUGUAUCUCCCAAAGCAGGAGAAUGAAUUGAUCUGGAUCACACAGAAGAUGGAUUCGGUGGGUAUCAAGCAUGUCAGGCGCAUUUGCAAGAUUCGCUUCACCAACCAUCGCGCCGAUUUCGAUGAGCCCACUCCGCAGCUCACAUGCCGCCUCAAACUUACCAUUCGCCAGCAGGGCGUUGUCAUCCUCCCUGGCCAGCAAUCAUUGACAGCUGAUCAGACAGCGAUUGAAUACCUCAACUUCCGUGAGAGUGACCCAGGCUUUGGAAAGACAUCCAUCCAGCUUCGUGACGAAUGGCGAGGAAAGGGCAAGACGGCCUUUUUCGGAGAAGGCCGGGCUUCAACCAAUGACACAGAUGAAGAUGACCAGGUUAUCGACCUCACGGCUACGGUCACUCCAAAGUCGCAAACAUAUACCUUUGGUGAUGCAUACUGUGGCGGUGGUGGAGUGUCCUGUGGCGCCAAACAAGCUGGAUUGGACAUUAAAUGGGCUGUCGACAAUUCCCACCAUGCUGUCGAUACUUACCAGCGCAACUUUGAUCAUGUGGAGAUCGAGCAUUCUGAUUUCUUUAAUUUCCUUACCAAUGACCCUGACUGGAUGCGUGUGGACAUCUGCCACUGUUCACCUCCGUGUCAGACAUUCUCCCCUGCCCACACAGUCACCUGCAGCCGGGAUGAUGCUAAUUCGGCUUGCAUUUUCUCUGCCGGAUCUUUGUGCCAGAGUGCAAAGCCUCGGGUUCUGACCAUGGAAGAAACCGCAGGAUUGCCUGAACGAUGGACGGACAUCUUUCAUCGGGUUCUUCUUGACAUGGUGGAGAUUGGAUAUUCUCUCCGCUGGGCAGUGUUGCGUUGCGACGACUAUGGUGUCCCUCAGGAGCGAAAGAGGUUGGUGGUGAUUGCUGCGGGACCCGGAGAGAUCCUUCCUCACUUCCCUCAACCCACUCACGGAUUGAUUUCCGCCCCUGGACUGCUCCCUCGCGCAACCAUUUGGUCUGCGAUCUCGGCCAUCCCUGAUGAUGCUCCUGAUCACGAUGUCGAUAAAGCCCUUUGUCGCUGGGCGCUGGCCCACCGCGCCCCUUUCAACGGACAUCAACCAGCCAAAACCAUCACUUGCGGCGGUGGAGAGUAUAACUACCAUCCUACAGGACUGAGACCCUUUACGGCGCGUGAAAUGGCCUGUCUUCAGACCUUUCCCAUGGAAUUUGAGUUUUCCGAGAGUAAUGUGCGAAAGCAGAUUGGCAAUGCGGUGCCCCCUUUGCUCGCAAAGGCCAUCUAUACCGAAAUCGCUCACAGCCUACGAGAAGCGGACGCACAGGAGGCCAAUGGAGUCUGGCAUUAA